AUGACUACUUCCAGUAGUACUUUUUCUUUAAUUCCAGUGUUCAAUGGUGAACAUUAUCACAUUUGGGUUAUCAAGAUGAAGUUUUACUUAAGGUCUCAAGGUUUAUGGCAUGUGGUGGAAACUGAUCAAGAUCCACCUCCCUUGAGAGAAAAUCCAACUCUCGCUCAGAUAAAGGCACAUGGAAAGGAAAAGCUUAAGAAGGACAAAGCCUUGACCUAUAUCCUUUCAGGUUUGACUGAUGGCGUCUUUACCAGCAUUAUGCAAUUGGAUUCUCCUAAAGUUGUAUGGGAUAAGAUAAAAGAGACAUUUGAAGGGAAUGAAAGAGUGAAGGCAGGCAAGUUGCUCACUCUUAAAAGAGAAUUUGAGCUACUAAAGAUGAAAGAUGAUAAGCUGGUGAAAGACUACUCCGCAAGGCUUAUGAAGUUGGUUAACCAGAUCAGAUUGCAUGAGUUAACAAGCAAGUUGCAGGCACAAGAACAAAGUGUCUCAAUGAGAAGUGAUGAAGCUACUGAAGGUGCUUUCCAAGCAAAUCACAAGGGAAAGAAUUCUGGAAACCAGCAAGGGAAGAAGCCCUUCAAGAAUAAUAGAGGGAAAGCUGUAGGCUCUUCAUCUGCACCACCAACAAAGGGAAACUUUGCUCCUUGCUCUCAUUGCAAAAGAACUGACCAUGCUGAGAAGGAUUGUUUCUACAAAGAUAAACCUCCUUAUCAUUAUAAGUUUUGCAAUAAACUUGGCCACACUGAGAAGUAUUGCAGGGCCAAGAAAAGACAAUCUCAGCAACAAACACAACAACAUGCAAAUGUGACUGAAGAAGACACAAAUGAUGAUGAGCAUUUAUUCAUGGCAUCACAAGCACUCAGUUCUCAUGAGCUGAAUACUUGGCUCAUUGACAGUGGCUACACCAAUCACAUAACCAAGCAUCUAUUAAUCUUUACCUCCAUUGAUAGAUCAGUUCAACUAAAGGUCAAGCUAGGAAAUGGUGAAGUUGUGUAG